AUGGCGGCCAAUCGGGGGUGCGACGUCCCGUCAGCAGGCAUCAGCUACCCCAUCACACUGGGAGACACCCUCCUGUCAGACAAAGCCAGUCACUCCUACUGCUCGCUCCGAUACGACUUCAAGCCAGCGUCUGCAGGCCGCUUCAGGCAGGGAUCCGUGGUCGUGAACCUUCCAGAUGCAGCGGCGCAGGGCACAGAUAUGUCCUUCAGCGGAAGGCAUGAGCACAGCAGGGACGGACUGGACUGCGUGGCCAUCUUUGAUGGGGUGACUGAUGAAAGUGCAUGUUCCAGGCGCGCUGCGCGGGUGCCAACGCCGCCGCCUCAGGCUCUGCAGCCUGAGGUUAUUGCGGACGCUGAUGUGGCGGGUGAUGACAUGGUGGACGCGCUGGUUGCUGCACUGGAGAAUCGGGCCUCGGAAAAGGAGUGGUUUGGGUCUGACGUGGGAGAGGCAAUGGAGGAAGAAGGGCCAGAUCAGGAUGCAGCACAUGAGGAAGAAGCAGAGCCUGAUCGGGCAACGUCACAAACAGCUAGCCCAUCGCCAAGAGCACAGGGUUCUGGGGCGCUGGCAGGGGUGGAUAUGUCAGAGCUGGAGAGGGAGUUUAUGCGUGCGCCGGAUGACUCAUCUGAUGAGUCGGACGAUGACGAGGCGCUCAAUCACUGCAGUGAUGAUGACAGCGAACUGGCGCUGGAAGACUUCUGA